AUGGCCGCCUCCACCCUGUCCGUCUGCUCCAACGACCUCAGCUAUGCCGGCCGCGUCUGCCUGCCCGGUGCCUGCGACUCCUGCACUGACUCCUCUUGGCAGGUGGACGAGUGCCCAGAGAGCUGCUGCGAGCCCUCCUGCUGUCCCUCCUGCUGUGUCCCCAGCUGCUGCACCCCGGCCCCCAGUCUGACCCUCGUCUGCACCCCAGUGAGCUGCGUGUCCAGCCCCUGCUGCCAGGCGGCCUGUGGGCUCAGCCCCUGCCAAGCAGCCUGCGGCAGCUCCUGCACGCCCUCGUGCUGCCAGCAGUCUAGUUGCCAGCUCUCCUGCUGCGCCUCCUCCCCCUGCCAGCCGGCCUGCUGUGUGCCCGUCAGCUGCACACCCGUCAGCUGCAAGCCCAUCAGCUGCAAGCCCGUCUGCUGCACACCCGUCAGCUGCACACCCGUCUGCUGCACACCCAUCAGCUGCACACCCGUCUGCUCCAAGCCCGUGUGCUGUGUGUCCGUCUGCUCCAGGGCCGCCCCCUGCCCAGCCCCCUCGUGCUGCCAGCCCAGCCCCUGCCCCUCGUCCUGCUGCAGACCCUCCUCCUGCGUGUCCCUCGUCUGCCGCCCCGUGUGCAGGCCCGCCUGCUGCGUGCCCGCCUCCUCCUGCUGUGCCCCCGCCGCCUCCUGCCAGCCCGGCCGCUGCCGCCCGGCCUCCUGCGUGUCCCUGCUCUGCCGCCCCGCGUGCUCCCGCGUGGCCUGCUGCGUCCCCGCCUCGGCCCAGAAGUCCUGCUGCUGA